AUGACGGAACAGGCCGUCUCCUUCGCCAAGGACUUCCUGGCCGGGGGCAUCGCCGCCGCCAUCUCCAAGACGGCCGUGGCCCCCAUCGAGCGCGUCAAGCUGCUGCUGCAGGUGCAGCACGCCAGCAAGCAAAUCGCAGCCGACAAGCAGUACAAGGGCAUCGUGGACUGCAUCGUGCGUAUCCCCAAGGAGCAGGGCGUGUUGUCCUUCUGGCGGGGCAACCUGGCCAACGUCAUCCGCUACUUCCCCACGCAAGCCCUCAACUUCGCCUUCAAGGACAAGUACAAGCAGAUCUUUCUGGGGGGCGUGGACAAGCACACCCAGUUCUGGAGGUACUUCGCCGGCAACCUGGCCUCGGGCGGGGCGGCCGGUGCCACCUCCCUGUGCUUCGUCUACCCGCUGGAUUUCGCCCGGACCCGCCUGGCGGCCGACGUGGGCAAGUCAGGCAGUGAGCGCGAGUUCAAGGGCCUGGGAGACUGUCUGGUGAAGAUCACCAAGUCCGACGGCAUCCGCGGGCUGUACCAGGGCUUCAACGUGUCCGUGCAGGGCAUCAUCAUCUACCGCGCAGCCUACUUCGGCAUCUACGACACCGCCAAGGGCAUGCUCCCCGACCCCAAGAACACGCACAUCGUGGUGAGCUGGAUGAUCGCGCAGACGGUGACGGCCGUGGCGGGUGUGGUCUCCUACCCCUUCGACACGGUGCGGCGGCGCAUGAUGAUGCAGUCGGGGCGCAAAGGAGCCGACAUCAUGUACAAGGGCACGGUUGACUGCUGGCGGAAGAUCCUCAAGGACGAGGGCGGCAAGGCCUUCUUCAAGGGCGCCUGGUCCAACGUGCUGCGCGGCAUGGGCGGCGCCUUUGUUCUGGUCCUCUACGACGAGCUCAAGAAGGUCAUCUAG